AUGAUCGCUAUUUUUCGACAUUCUUUUAUAUUUAGACAAACCGUUUUCACUAUCCCGUUUCGCAUAUUAAUUUCUUUAUUUGAUCUAAUAUUUCAUGAAUUUGAUAAAUUUCUGGGAAUAAAGUUUAUAGAUGAAACCAUCAGUGAGAUCACAAACAAACAAAUAAAUUAUAAUAUUUAUAAUUCCACACUUGAUAAUUCUAGUUCUUAUGAUUUAGACGAUAUAAUUGGAACAAACUAUAGGAAACGGAAUCCAAGGCAAAAAUUUUCUUCAAGUAAACCUCCAAAUAGUUAUUCUGUUGAGUUAGAUGACGAUGGUCUUGAUUUAUUUAAAAAGCAAUGUCCUACACCUCCUACAAGGGAGAUGAAUUCAUUGGAACAUCAACAAAUAAUUCCCAACGUUUCACAUUCGUGUCUAAAUACUGAUGCAUAUAAUCUCAAUACAAUAGAACAAAAUAGUUCACCGGUUUCAUCAUUCAUGUCUAAUUUUGUAAAUGAAUUAAAAUUAUCAACGGAUUCCCCUCAAGAGAAGGACGCACAGCCCGCCUCUGUCGAAACGGAACAAAGUUACAACCCGGUGACAUCAUCAACUUUAUCGUGUGUAUCAGAAAUAAUAGGUCACGAGAAGAGUGACGGCACCUCUCGGUUCGCGGAAGCGUUCGAAAGAGCCUCUCCACCGGACGCUCAAGGCAAUGAAAUACGACAUGGCUCCCCGUCGAUUACUGCGCCUGCAACAACCGUUGCGGAAGAAGAAUGUGAUGAGCAGAUUUUCACAAAAGAUCUUAUCCUGAUUAAUGAUGCCAUUACCCCUCCAAAUGAAAUUUGCGAUGCGAAAAUAUCAUUAAGCGAAGUAGCUAUCGCUACGGUAUCCUCGAAAGUCACCCACUUGAAAAGCGCUGAGCCACGAGUCCCACCAUCAUUCAACGCGAGCAUACCCAUCGAUAUCUUUAUCGAAGUAUGCUAUCACCUUUCCCCGGCAUCGCUAUUUUCUUUGAUGUGCGUUUGCAAACAAUUUCGUUUUUGGUUAAAUUCCUCUGCUUCAUACGUGACGCAAGAUAUUUGGCGCACUUCAAGGAUGAAAUAUCUUGAAAGGAUCAAGUUACGCCCACCAGUUGGAAUGGAAGAAUCAACAUACAUCAAGCUAACGAUGCUAGAACGAGGAUGUCAAUUCUGUGGGACAAAGAAAGAAACACCUAAAGUUUAUUGGGCCUUUCGGGUAAGAUCUUGUCGAGAAUGUCUUAGGAAACGAAUAAUAAGUUCCGAAAACCUUCCGAAAUGGGCAAAGUUACCUAUUGAUAUCACAAUGCUUGUGCCAUAUGAACGUAUUAACGCGUUUGACUCCAAUUCGAACGAAAAGAUCACCGCAUAUUGGGGUGAGCAUUUAGAACAAGGGCGUCGAGAAUGUAUGUCAAAUCCACUAAAACUACGUAGUGCGUGGAUACAAAAGAAGAAACUUUGGGUUGCAGAAAUGCUUAUAGAGGUUGAGAAACGGGAAAGGAUUGAUGAAUUGUGUUUUAAAAAACAAUCCUUGGAUGAUGAAAGGAUAUUUAGAACCCUUUUAGACGAAUUCCGUCAGAUCAAGGAUGAAAAGGGACAACAAAAAUAUCUUGAUAAAUAUAUUUUUCAACUACCCGCCUGUCUCGAAGCUCAGGGUACCUGGAAGAUUCCAUUCAUGACACACCCUUGGCCAACCUUUAUCGAUAGGCUAAAGAUGGAAUAUCCGACGGUUUUGAAUAAGAUGCAUAGGCUUCAACAAAUGACCGAAAUGAUGUUAUCGCUUAUAACGUCAUAUGACACUUUAGCAUCCGAUAUUAAAACUUCACCGGAACAAGGUUAUCAAAUUUAUUUAAACGAUCCGGUUAUAGAUUGUAUUCAAUGGUGUCCAUCAUUUAUGAACCCUCCGUAUGUAAAUAAUGAUGAGAGCAUUCCUUGGACCGAAGAAUAUUUGAUCAAGGUCUUGAUUCCAAAACUUCGUAAGGAAGCUCGACAAUUAUUAAAGAAUCCAGAGUUCAAGCGACCUGGACCGUUUACGAGUGUAAGGGGAUGUAUGAAUCUCAUUGAAAAAGAAGUUGAGGAUAAAGAAUUCUUCAAGUGUAGAUUAUGUUGGAAGUCUACAAGAAAACUACACAAUUAUGAUGGAAUUUGCAGGCAUUUGACAAGCGGCAGACACAGCAUCGCUAGAAUUGAUGACGAACGAAUGAUUGAAGCUGACAGGGAAAAGGUCAAAAAACUUUUACCUGUUUGGUUUGCUAGGUUUCAUUAA